AUGGGAUAUCAGGACAAUUAUCACCCAAAUUAUGAAGAAAUACAAAUCUUCGAAGCAAUGAAGAAAUAUCAUUUCAGUAAAGAAUGGCUUGUUAAAAAGAUCAAAAAGGCUGUCAAUUCCGCGUUUAGAGAACAGAAUUUUUAUCCAACAGAAAUUCCCACUACGUGUAUCUUUAUAAGAUACAAUCAGAACAAACCAGAAAUCGAAAUCCGUACUUCGGAAAUGAAGUUUACAAAAGGUCAAUUUCGGGAUGAAAUAUGCAAUAUCUGCAAUUUAGUUGGUGAAUGCGUUCAUCAAAUCAUGCUCGAUUAUGAGCUUGGAUUCCAAUACACAUAUUAA